AUGUAUAAAAGUGAACAAAUAGGAGGUGAGGAAGCUUACCGGAUAAGAAGGGGCGGUUGCGCAAUUACGGAGUUGGAAAGGAAGGAGUUCGUCAGAGAAGGCGGCGGUCCAACAGGUGCGAGUGAAAGAGUGAGAGUUUUCGAAAAAAUGGCUCUCGAACUCGUAGCAGUGCCAUCAAGGCUUAGAAUUCAUGACCUGAUCAGAAAAUCUCAAUUUGAAGCCAAAAAUACGUCCAAUUCUUCUUCAUCAUCAUCGAUUUCCAAGGAUUUCGAGACACUUUAUUACCCUCAAACACUCGAUCACUUCAGCUAUGGCCCUGAAAGCUUCACCACUUUUAAACAAAGAUAUGCCAUAAAUUCCAAGUAUUGGGGUGGCGCAAAUUCAAGUGCACCAAUUUUGGCUUUUCUCGGCGCAGAAGGGCCCAUCGACUACGACGUCGGCUAUAUUGGUUUUCUUAACGAAAACGCUCCUCGGCUUAAGGCUCUCCAAGUAUAUAUUGAGCAUAGGUAUUAUGGAAAAUCAGUGCCAUUUGGAUCUGUCAAAAAAGCUAUGAAAAAUGCAAGUAUUCGCGGUUAUUUCAACACCGACCAAGCGAUAGCAGAUUAUGCAGUUGUGCUUUUGCACGUAAAGAAGAAGCUUUCUGCUCACAACUCCCCAAUAAUCGUCGUUGGAGGCUCUUAUGGGGGAAUGCUGGCAGCAUGGUUUCGUCUUAAGUAUCCCCACGUCGCCAUAGGGGCUUUAGCUUCUUCGGCUCCGAUUCUGUACUUUGAUGACAUCACGCCUGAAUCUGGAUAUUAUUCCGUUGUAACCAAGGAUUUUAAGGAUACUAGUGAAAGUUGCUAUGAAACUAUACGAAAAUCAUGGGCCGAGAUUGAUAGAGUGGCUUCCGAGCCUAGUGGUCUUUCAAUCCUUAGCAGGAAGUUCAAGACCUGCGGUAAACUAAAAACAAGUGCUGAUCUUAAGGACUACUUGGACACAGUAUAUUGCGGAGCAGCUCAAUAUAAUGGGCCUUCAACUCGUCCGCUUAGCCAUCUGUGCAAUGCCAUUGAUGGAGCUCCUAAUAAUACCGAUACUCUUGGAAAAUUAUUUGCUGGCGUUUCAGCUUAUCGGGGAAACAGGUCAUGCUAUAACAUAAGUGGAAAUAAUCUCUCAGACCAACUUCUAGACGGCUGGUAUUGGCAGAGUUGUAGCGAGAUGGUGAUGCCUAUUGCCCACGGUAGCGACGAAGAUUCAAUGUUCCCGAAAGACCAUUUCGAUUUAGAGAGUUACACCAAUGACUGCAAGAGACUCUACGGUGUCGUGCCCCGGCCCCAUUGGGUCACGACCUACUAUGGAGGUCAUGAUAUAAAAUUGGUUUUUCAUGAAUUUGCGAGCAACAUCAUUUUCUCUAAUGGUCUAAGAGAUCCUUACAGUCGCGGAGGUGUCCUGGAGAAUAUAACGGAAAGUGUUGUUGCAGUCACCACUGACAAUGGUUCUCACUGCUUGGAUCUACUAAGUUCAAGACCAAGUGAUCCACAAUGGUUGGUGAUGCAAAGAAAGAAUGAAAUAGAAAUAAUUGAAGGAUGGAUUGCCAAGUACCGUGCCGAUUCUUCUAAUAUCAUCCACGAUUCUUCCAGCAACCAUAAUUCUUCGAGCAGCCCCCGUCAAGCAACGUCUUUCUUCCGACAUAGUACUAUGAUAUGUGCUAUGAUCUUUGUCUACUUUAUUUGUUGA